AUGUGGCGGGGGCAUGUACAGGGUGAAGAUCUGAUGAACAUGAAAGUUGAGGUCGAAGUAAAAAAGACGUAUGUGAGGGAUGAUCAGCAAUAUACGGAGGAAGCUGGAAUCGCGAGGACAUUCAAAGAGGAGAACACCCCUACAGAGAUCAGCACAGAACACGCUAUUGAGGAACCCUCACAGAAUCAUUUCACUUUAUCUCUAAGCUGUAAAAUGGAAGAUGAGGACAUCAUAAGAGAUUGUUCAGGAGAAAAGACAAUGAGCUCAGCUAUGGAUGGAGGACUUCACAGUGUGGAUAGAUCAUCAAAUCCCUCUGACUCUGAGCAACCUCGUAUUGUGAGGGAUGGUGCCGGAAUUAAGGAGGAGGAGGCGGCAUGUUCCUGCCCUGAAUGUGGGGAAAGUUUCAGCUCUUUGUCCCAUCUUUACAUGCACCAGAGUUCUCACAAGAGAAAAAAUCCCUAUUCCUGUCCUGAGUGCGGGAAAUGUUUUACACAGAAAUUGGACCUUGUUAGACAUGAAGCAUCUCACACAGAGAAAAAGCCAUUUUCCUGCUCUGAGUGUGGAAGAAGUUUUUUACUGAAAUCAAGCCUUGUUAGACAUCAAAGAUCUCACACAGGGGAGAAGCCGUAUUUCUGCGCUGAGUGCGGGAAAUUCUUUUCACAGAAAUCAAUCCUUAAAGCAAGACUUGUCACACAUCAAAGAUCUCACACGGGGGAGAAGCCGUAUUCCUGCACUGAGUGCGGUAGAAGAUUUUCAGAGAAGCCCACUCUUUACAGACAUCUGAGGACUCACACAGGGGAGAAGCCGUAUUCUUGUCCUGAGCUAUAUUCCUGUCCUUACUGUGGGAAAUCUUAUUCACAGAAAUCAGACCUUGUUAUACAUCAAAGAUCCCACACAGGCGAUAAGCCGUAUUCCUGCCUUGAGUGCGGGAAAUGUUUUCCAUGGAAAUCAAGACUUGUUAUGCAUCAAAGAUCUCAUACGGGGGACAAGCCGUUUUCCUGCCCUGAAUGUGAUAAAAGUUUUUUACAGAAAUCUGACCUUGUUAGACAUCAAAGAUCUCACAGAGGAGAGAAACCGUAUGACUGCCCUGAGUGA